CAAUGAGUAGGAGUGCUGCAGUUGGUGGGAGAAUCAGCAUCCUCCUCAUCCUGCAGAUACUUUAUUUCAAUUCUGAGGCUUAUGCCGGUUGUGUGUGAGGUUUUUAAUCACUAAUUGUAACAAAUAAUUAAUUCACACAGAAAAAUGUCGAACAGACCGAUCCUCAGCAGACCCCGAACCCGCAUCUACGACGCCAAUUACAACAUUGGCCAAAACUAUUACAGAUCGGCUUUGGACAGCAUAGACCGCAAAUACUCACCUCGAGCUCCCUCUCCUCUGCGGCCCUCAAUCGCUCGUGACAUCCUCGAUCGUCAUGACGAAGCUUUCGCCGACGAAGACUUGGCAACUUCUCGUCUCCGAGCCGAAAAAACAAUCCGACAAAACCACCUUUUCGACUCCCGUGGAGGACGCAUUGCUCAGCGUGCUUUAGAUUUAGUUGAAAAUGACAUAGACGAAGAGACUGCUUCGACUUUGAAACGCAUCAGAGCCAACAAGAAAGUGCAUAUGCUCGAUGACUCCGACUUUGACAGUACCGUCGACAACAUUAACUCACACCGUCUGUUGGAACGGUCCGAAAAGGCGCUCCGAAGCGUCGGUCUUAACGAAAACUCACGUCGGGCUUUGGACGAAGACGUUUCCAUCAAGCGACGUUCGCUCAAAGUUUCGUUCGAAAACGAGACCCAAAACGGGGACAUGGUGAAGUGGAGUCCUCUCCAGCAACGUUCCGAUGAGAGGGAGAGUGCUGCUGCCAUAAGGGCACGCAAAUCAAGGGACAGGAUUCUUGAUUUGGAGGACGAAAUGGCCGCAAUGACCGAAAAGCAAGCAGCAAGGGAGCGCAGAGCGGCUAGGUUUAAGGCAUUGGUUGCUGAAAGCACGGAACAAACUGAAGCGGCACAAUCGGCCCUUCAAGCGAUUAGCUUUAAGUCCAGGAGGGAACAAAGGACCUUGGAGGAGUAAGGGCUCCGAUAGGGCUUGUAGAAAGAAUUGAUUUGCGAUCGUGUAUUGUUCGUUUUUGUUAUCAGCAUUUUCUUAUUGUUCUGCUUCAGGUAAAUAUAAUUUAUGUAUAAUGAGAAAUAAACUGUAAUUUACGAACUAAA